GGCAAUUUCUUGUCCCGUACCGGAUUUUUCCACACAAUGUAUACCACACAGUCAAGACCACGCGAAACGUUACCUUGAACUUUUAAACCACCUCGCACACCUUCUGCGAGACUCGUCGGUCGCCCUAGUUGCUGUUGUUGUUUUUGUUUCCUCUUCCAUGGGUUGUUUUCCUACGUGUGUGGAUCGAACUUCAAGAGCAGCUCAGCUGCCAGGUUGAGGGAAGUGAACUGAAAUUCACACCGAAAGAGCUGGUUCUGCGGUCCAGAUUGAUCGAGAUUUUGUACGACUGGCCGAUCACUGAUCAGUGUUUUGAUUUUUCUGCUUAGUUAUCCUUUACAGAAACUAAACCAAUAAAAAUCAGCGAAUUUCGAUGCUUUAAUACAUGAACCAAUUGUGUAUGCUCGCUUUCAAAACCAGGCAGCAAUUAAAACGGACCGGCUGCUUUCGCUUGUACCGAUACGACAAGGACAUCCGGGAAAUAUAGUAGAACCGGCUAUCGAGUCUUUUGUUUUGGCUGUUACGAAAAGUUCAAAGCACUAUGAUAAAAAUUGCAAUUCAUACUAUAAAUAUUGCGACUGGUCAUUGGAAAGAUAUCAUUGUGUCUCCUACUGUUGCAGAGCUAAAACCUACCAUACCCAUCUCUAAAAUGGCCUUCAAGUUUGCUGUCCUGUUUGCCUGCCUGGCCUACGCCAGUGCUGGAUAUCUAGAACCAGCCACCACCUAUCAAGCUGCACCACUGGCCUACAGUUCGCACCAACUCCCAGCUCUGUCCUACGGAUACAGUGCCCCCAUUGCCCAGCAUACCUAUGCCACACCGAUCGCUCAUCAGACUUAUGCUGCUCCAAUCCAGACCUAUUCCGCCCCAAUUGCCCAUCAAACGUACGCUGCUCCAAUUGCCCACACCUACGCUGCUGCCCCCGCUCUGUCCUAUGCCCGUAGUUACGCUCCAGCUUUAUCCUACUCGUCAGCUCCGGCCGUAUCCUACGCUCACAGCUACGCUCCAGCUCUGUCCUAUUCCGCACCGUUGGCCUCUGCCAAGACUCUGGCCAUCGCUCAGCCAGCUCUGUCAUACUCGGCUCCUCUGGCCACCACCAAGACCCUGGCCAUUGCCCAGCCAGCUGCCAUCGCUCACUCUGCCCCUGCUACUCUGGCCUACGCUCCGGCCCAUGCCACCAGCUACACCAGCUCCUUCAUGAAGUACAACAGCCCGCUGAUCGCUUACGCUUACUAGAGUGCAUUUUGCUUCGUAAUUUCAGAAAUGUUGAUGAAAAUAUAGUAAUUUUGUUGUCAGGCCCGCAUUGGUGUUUCAUUAUCCCAUGUAGAUUUGUUUACCUAAGUGAACUAGAAAUAAUUGAAAGCGAGUGCCUCCAACAAUUUGGAGAGCCGUUUGGUUUUGGUAAGUCUACUUAAACCUCAAAUUGCAUCCCUAAUUUAAACAUCAACGUUGUAAAAUUUUGAAAAUUUGAUAAAGUUUUAAGUUAAAUACAUGACCCUUUGAAUAUUUUUUUAGAAACUAAGUGGAAAUUGAUUUCAGUUUUCUGGUACUUAAAAGUUCCCUUGAGUAUGGGUCUGAAAAAGAUUAGGAAGA